CCACCAGAAUGAAGCAGCUGAUUCUUUUAAUGUUUUCAGUAUGGCUGGUCAGUGGAGUACAAAGAGUUCCCCUAAGGAGACACAAAUCUUUGCGGGCAACUUUGAAAGAACGUGGGCAACUGUCCAAGUUCUGGAAGGCCCACAAGGUGGAUAUGAUCAAGUAUACCCAAGAAUGCUCAGCAGUCCAGGAAGUAAAUGAGCCACUCCUCAACUAUUUUGAUGUGGAAUAUUUUGGACAGAUCUCCAUUGGGACUCCUCCUCAGAAUUUCACCGUGCUUUUUGAUACAGGUUCCUCCAACCUCUGGGUCCCAUCUGUUUACUGUGUCAGCAAAGCUUGUGUCGAACAUUCCAGAUUUCAUCCAUCAGCCUCCAGCACCUACACUGAGGUGGGGACUCCUUUUUCUAUCCAAUAUGGCACUGGAAGCCUGACAGGAAUAAUUGGAUCAGAUCAAGUAACUGUAGAAGGAAUUACUGUAGCCAAUCAGCAAUUUGCAGAAAGUGUCAAUGAGCCUGGAAGCACCUUUUUGGAUUCUGAAUUUGAUGGGAUCCUUGGUCUGGCCUACCCAUCCCUGGCCGUGGAUGGAGUCACUCCAGUCUUUGAUAACAUGAUGGCCCAAAACCUGGUAGAUCUACCAAUGUUCUCCGUCUACAUGAACAGAAACCCAGAAUCCUCUGUAGGAGGGGAACUGAUUUGGGGUGGCUUUGAUGCUUCUCAUUUCAGUGGGGACCUCAACUGGGUUCCAGUAACUAAACAGGGUUAUUGGCAGAUCCAGCUGGAUAAUAUCAAGGUUAAUGGGAACAUUGAAUUCUGUGCAGAAGGAUGUCAGGCUAUUGUGGACACAGGGACAUCUCUCAUUACAGGUCCUUCCGAGGACAUAAUCCAAAUGCAGAAAUUAAUUGGGGCAGUUCCUGUGGAUGGAGAGUAUGCCAUGGAAUGCAGCAACCUGAAUGUGAUGCCUGAUGUUACUUUUACAAUCAAUGGGAACCCUUAUUCUCUCACCCCGGAGACCUACACCCUGAUGGAAAAUAGCGAUGGGAUGACACUGUGUACCAGCGGCUUCCAAGGCCUAGACAUCCAACCCCCAGCUGGGCCACUAUGGAUUCUGGGGGAUGUAUUUAUUGGCCAGUUCUACUCAGUCUUUGACCGUGGGAAUAACAGAGUGGGUUUGGCACCCGUGGUCAAUUAAAA